GCCCACAAGAACAUGCUGGGAAUGAGUGACGUACGUCAAGUUCUGAAUCCUUGUCCACCAGGGGUUGGCCUUUAACACUUCAAAAGGCAAGACCUCGCCCCAAAGGGAGUUUAGCAGGGAACUGUCUGUGGGGAAGAAUAAUUAGGAUUACAUUGGUGAUAGAGAUCAAGUAAAAAUGUCAACUCAUUGACAACGACCACGAGGAUCGUCAGGAUGAGGUGGGGGCAAUUUCUCGUGCUGUUCUGACGGAUCGUUGCUGCUGUCACUGCUGUUCACGUUUACCGGUCGUGUUUCCAAGGAGAUGUAACUGGCGAAAAGGACGUCGCCCUUUGGAAUCCUUUCGAAGGACGCUGCUUGGAAGGAAUUAUCAGAGUCUGAAGGAGACGGAGUAGUCAGAAGUGUCCUCCAACAGAUCGGAAACUAGAGGACAAUACAAAACAAAGGAAGGACAAAUGAUGCAAAAGAAGGCCGAUAAAUGACUGACCUCGCAUGAGCAAAGAGAGAUAAGGUCUUCAGUUUCCACGAGGGCAUCCCACAGAGGCCUUUUAUUACUGCUGUUAUAUAAAAACAUGGCCUACGUGCAGCUGAGGUUAUUCUCCGUGUUCUUCAUUUUGAGUAUCAAUCUUUGCCUGGAAUUGAAUAAUGAAGACAAUUCGACGGAACUGGACAACGCCAGCGAUGUCCCUCGAGUUGUCCCUGCGUUCCAGCCCCGAGGUCGAUAUCCCUCAGGGAAAGGAGAGAAGAAUCGAACGAAUCGUCAAUCGCGAGGAGCUUUCGUCUCCUGGUCGCGCCUUCUUAGGGAAAAUAGCGAAUCCAUGGGUGCGUUUUAUGCGAAACGUUUUGACAGCCCUGUGACAUUGGGGUUAACGAAGAGGGAAAUGGAUUCAAAUGAACAGCUUCAGCUUUGUGGUCACCAUCCAAAUGGAUCUACUGGUGAUGCUCUUGAAGAAAAACUAGUAGUGGAAAGAAGGAAUAGGCCGACUAGAGCAGCAACAUUAUUGAACUCUGAGAGAAGAAACGAGACGGAGGAAUCGAGUGGUCAGGCCAGUGGUGAAUUUGAAAUCCCUGUUAGAAAGAAUGACCAAGGAGUUAGUGAUAGUGCAAUAAACUUUCCUCAUUCUGAAAAGUUGACAAAAUCUAGAGGUUUUGCAGUCAAGUCCUACGUAAGUCGCCACGUGAAGAAGAAUCCGUCAUGCGCAGACACCAGUGGGCUAGACCUCGAUCUGGCACAAGCUGUGACUGACGUCAUUCGAACGAUCACUGUGUCGCAUCUUUAUCUCGUGUUCCAGUCGAAAACUAGUGACUGUUUGCUGGAGAAGCUGUGGCUGCAGAACACAGCGACGGAGGUCGUGGAUGUAAGUAAAUGGUGGUCAAGGGUGUCCAAACUCACUUACAGGAGCUACUCGCAACACUUGUUAUUGGGGUCUGUCGAGUGGAUCACUGCAGUGAUGGAUAAGAUAAAAUUGUUUUAUGAUAACUCUUCAAUCAACGCAAUGCACACGAAAUGGAUUUGGGCGGUGUCUGACCUAAACUCAACUGACCCAGCCUCGCCCCCGAGACCGCCUUCGUCAGGAGAGCAAACGUCUGUCGUGGAGAGGGUCUCGAAGAGCCUCAAGGAGGGAAUGAGAGGUGUUUUGGUAUUCAGGGAACGAAAGAUAAGCUCGGCUCAUUCUUCAGAAAAGUCUCCGGAAUUCAGAGAGAACGGGCAAAUCAAAGUUGCGGCUGUAGUGGCCUCUGGUGACGGUUCCUGGAAUCUCGCUGUAGCUAGUAUCUGGAGUUCUGGGACACUUCAAAACUUCAGUCCCCUUUGGCCGGAACCAGCUUUAAACUUCCAAAACCGGACGAUUAGAGUGAGCUGUAUCAACAAACCAAUGGUGUUCGAGUACCAGGAAGGCCUUGGUCUGGAGGCAGCCACUGGUUACCUAAGUGACGUCAUGAGGAUCGCCCAAGUGAGGUUGAACUUCACGGAUGUUAUGCUACCCACAGUGGGCUUUGGAACCCCGGAGCCCAAUGGUUCCUGGAAUGGCAUGAUUGGAGCUCUAUACCGGAAGGAAGCAGACAUGUCGCCCCUGGAUUUCAGCCCGUCUUACGCUCGGUCUCUGGUGGUGGAAUUUGGGGUCCCCGUGAGUGAGGACAUCCUGAUCAUCGUGUCCAAAGCGCCUUCUGUGAUCAUCAAACCUUUCCUCAUCCUACAGAUAUUCUCCCCUUCCGCGUGGGCAUUCAUUGUCGCCGGAGGGCUCUUCAUCGAACUGGUGGUGGAACUCAUGCUGAGGACUGAAUCGACCUUUGAGUCGUCUGAAAAGCAGCGGUCGACCAUUACUCACACGCUGGGGAACAUCUUGAGGACCCUGGUGGGACAGCCCUGUGAGGAUUGGCCACCGAGAGACGCAGCUCGAGUUGCCAUCACCAGCGGCUUGUUCAUGGCCCUGGUUCUUGGGUCUUUGUACAAAGGCUUCAUAACGGCCUUCCUCGCUAUACCUUUCAGAUCGAAACCCUUAGACUCAGCAGAAGACCUUUUGGUUAGCAAGACCCGUCCAGCACUCAGAGAACAGACGCAGUUCGUUGAGACUUUAGUGUUCGCUGAGUAUGGAGUUCUUCAUCCAGUGCGAGACAAGGUUGGACUCUUCUCUGAGAGUUAUAUCUCUUCAGAGGGAUUUUUCGAGAAGGUAGCCGAUGGUACUUUUGCCCUGGCAGACAGCUAUAGCUCAGCUAUCGGUCGCGCGAAGCAGUUCGAGAGAAGAGGAAAGAGAUGCCGGUUUUACACAGGGAAAGUUCCGCUACGGAUUGACAUGGACGUUUUUGCUUUCUCCCAGAAUAGCCCCUUUUUGCAUGCCUUCGACGACACGAUGAAAUGGCUGCGAUUCUUUGGCAUCAUCGACUAUUUCAGAAACAAGUAUUAUGCUCUGCCCUGCAAAGCGGAAGUAAGCUCUAAUGACCCAGAGCCCAUGACUCUUAAUCAGAUCCAAGGCUGCCUCUACGUGCUGGGAAUUGGACUUGCCCUUGCAUCGGUCGCGUUCGUCUUGGAGUCUCUGUGGCCGCAAAUGGCGAGACGGGACUUCUCGAAAAGCGAGUCACCAGGCCCUUGACGUGUCGGGAAGUUCGUCGUUUCUGGCUGAGCUUCUUUUCCUUCCUUCCUUCCCUAUUCCUUUUGCCCCGGUUUCCCAUUUUCUCUCUCUGUCUGCCCAUUUCUCUUCCACAGAAAGGCUUACAGCUGUCAACAGUAAUAGCAUUCUUUGACAAGGAGACCCACAAAAUUACUGUGUAU